AGAGUUAAAUUGCUGGGCGAAGGCUCGUUUGGUCGCGUGUUUCUCAUGCGCGAGAAGAAGCCUGGCGGUCGUCUUGUGUGCGUCAAGCAAAUCCAUCGCGUUCAUCAAUCUAAGAAGAAGGCAUUUGCAGCUCCCGGUCGAGAGAAGUCGUCCGGUGUGGAGGUGGAUUUGAUGAAGAAGCUCAGGCAUCCGAAUCUCAUUCGACUGCUGAAGUCAUUCGUGGGGCCCUCUCCGCUCCGCCAGCAGCACAUUGUGAUGGAAUACUGCUCAGGGGGUGACCUGCGUAACUACCUCAAAGCGGCCUAUCGGGCAGACGGGAAGCAGCCGCUUUGCCUAGACGAAGACAAGAUCUGGUACUGGUUUGUUCAGCUAGCGCUGGGUCUGCACCACAUGCAUCAGCAGCGCGUGUUGCACCGUGAUGUGAAGACGGCCAACGUAUUUCUCUCGAAUGCUGGAUAUCUGGUACUGGGCGAUUUGGGGAUAGCGAGAAAGCUCGCCAGUGGUGACGCGGCCGCUACUGUCAUCGGAACGCCGCUGUACAUGGCACCAGAAGUGCUCGAAGGCAAGGAGUACAGCUUCAGCUCGGACGUGUGGGCUCUUGGCUGCGUGCUCUACGAGUUGUGUACCGGCAGACCUCCGUUCAUGGCAAGCACGACUCCGCAUCUGCUGAACAAGAUCUGCCACGGUGACUAUCAACCGAUCCAAAAGGGAGGGAUCAUCACAAGUUCUCGAUUGCCGACGCUUAUUGGAUCGAUGCUCAGUACCAGGCCAGAGCUUCGACCGUCAGUGGAGCAACUUCUAAGGGACUCAAUUGCUCGAGUUCACAUUCGCCGUUACUGCGUGGAUCGACUGCAGUCAACGAACAUGACGGAGGAAGAGCGGCGAGUGAUGAUUCAGCAAGUGACAGCGCUCGGGAUCGACACCAAAAUUGCA